AUGAUUCUCAUCAACACACUCAAUCGUCCUCAGAGAUUCUUGGUUUCCACUUCGUAUAUCAUCAGGCAAUUCUCGAUUAUGGAAUACUAUAGAUCAGUGAGGCCAGUGCCUAUGCCAGAAGAGAAGUUAUUGUCGGUUCCAAAACCGAAGGAAGUAGAAGUCCCUGAAAUAAGCCAUAAAAUUAAAAGGUCAACAAGACCUUAUGUUGGACCACAAAUAGAAACGAGACAGCCAGUUCCAAUAGAAGUAAAUGUGAAUAUUGAGAAGAAUGUUCAGGCAAGCACAGUUUCAUGGAUAGCACCAAAGCAGCCAAAAAACCCGAAAUUCCUCAAAGUUGCCCUGUUGGGACUGCCUAACUCAGGUAAAAGUUCGUUCCUGAACACACUUUUGAACUCGACGAUAUCGGCAGUGUCACCUAAGGUGAACACGACUAGUAGAGAGGACAUCAAGGGAGUGCUCACAGUUGAAGACACGCAAGUUGUAGUAAUAGACUCUCCAGGCAAACAAACAAAAAGUAAAAUUGCUUUAGGAAUAAUAGCGUCGCAUAAGAGGAGAAAGUUCUGCAAGGGCCUAGUGAAGAUAGCAUGGCGUGGACUGGAGGAGGCAGAUGUUUGCCUGUUUAUAGUGGAUGUCGUAAAAAGGCCUAAAAGUGACUUGUAUAAUAUACUAAGAGCCCUAUCAGGAAAGACGGCAACGGAAACAUAUUCUGAAAGCGUUGCCAGGGAUGGGUCUGAAGAUUGUGAUGUGCAAGAGGAUGAAUACACUGAUUCAGAAUCACAGCAGUGUGAAACAAAAGUAGCCUUAGGAGAAACCGACGAGGAAGCAUACGACAAUUACUCUGCACAGUCUGAGUGCACUAAUAGUGUUAGCAAUAAGGAAUCUGACGAUACAGAGGAUGAGGGGAGAGUUAAUAGGAAAGUGCCAGUGGCACUCAUCUUAAACAAGAUUGAUCUGGCGUCCCACAGGAAGUGGGUUAAGUCACGAGUGAGGGAGUUGAAGGUCCAUGGAAACUUCUGCGACAUAUUCUACAUAAGCGCUAAACACGGCAUAGGGUUCCUGCCAGUGAUUAACUUUUUAAAGAAAGUAGCAAGGCCAGGCCCAUGGAUAUAUCCUCCAGACAUGGUGACCACACUCAGCAAGGUUAAGAUAGUGGAGCAGCUAGUGAGAACAUAUAUAUUCUGCUGGUUCAACAAGGAUGUGCCGUACAAGGUGGAACAGAAUAUAAUAGGCUGGACGUAUUCGGAAAAUGGCAGCCUGAACAUAGAAAUGUUGUAUGUGACAGCAGUGAAGGUGGCUAAGAUGAUCUGCGGAGUCGAAGGCCGAUUGUUGAAGCAACUCCAAAAAAACGUGUCGUCGAAGCUGUCGAGGAUGUGGAACGAGCUGGUGUUUGUGUUUAUCCACAUUAAAGUAAAAUGA